UUUUUUUUUGCCUCUGUACGGGAGCCGAGCAGGGUCCAGCUGGUUACGCAGCGGCUGUGGGUCUCCACCCGAGAGUAUGGCGGCUGGGAUUGCACUGGAGAGCGAGGGAGAGACGGAGACAUGCCAGAGAUGGUGAAAGAGAAACAAAGAGACGCAAGUUCUUUAAUUAAGUGUUGAAAUAUUUUUAGUUGGUGAUUUUUUUUCGGAAGCGGGCUCCUGCUUGGAAAAUCGCGCCUGUAGUUCAUUCUAGGGGCUACCAGCGUUUUUCCAGUGUCCUCGAUGGAGCAAGUUUGUUUUUUUAUGAUGCAUACAGAGGGGUGAGCUAAGCAGAUGAAAACGGUCCACAUCAUCGGGCGAUAUUUGCUUCCUCCCUGUGCACAUUUUGGACAAUUGCAGUCCUCGAAUGCCCGUAUAGCUGUCAGUGUCUGGCCUGCAUGGGGGAAUUUCUACAAUGAAAUCCAUCUUGGGGCACCGAGUCUUUGUGCUCUGCCAUAGCUGAGCAGCGGCGACCAAGACUGUGUUACUGACAACCCGUUAAAAAUGGGACACAAAUGGUGAUUGUAAUUGGUGCGGGAACAUUUUGAGUUCAUUUCAAUGACGCGCGGAGAUUGAUACCCUAACCUGACUUGAUUUAAUCCACGAUGCGCGAGUAUAAAGUGGUGGUCCUGGGCAGCGGUGGGGUCGGGAAAUCCGCCCUCACUGUGCAGUUUGUUACCGGGACGUUCAUUGAGAAGUAUGACCCCACUAUAGAGGAUUUUUACCGCAAGGAGAUCGAGGUGGACUCCUCACCCUCGGUGUUGGAGAUCCUUGACACCGCUGGUACCGAGCAGUUCGCCUCCAUGCGGGACCUUUACAUCAAAAACGGACAAGGAUUCAUACUAGUCUACAGCCUAGUCAACCAACAAAGCUUCCAGGACAUAAAACCGAUGAGGGAUCAGAUCAUAAGAGUGAAAAGGUACGAGAAGGUUCCUGUGAUCCUGGUGGGGAACAAGGUGGACCUGGAAAGCGAGAGGGAGGUAUCGUCCAGCGAAGGUCAGGCCCUGGCUGAGGAGUGGGGCUGCCCGUUCAUGGAGACCUCGGCCAAGAGCAAAACCAUGGUAGACGAACUGUUCGCUGAGAUCGUUCGGCAGAUGGACUACGCCGCCCAGCCAGACAAGGAUGACCCCUGCUGCUCCUCUUGCAAUAUACAAUAGCCCCAGGGGCCUCCAGGAACAGGCCAGGCAAAAAGUCUACUUAGAGGAAGCUACUUCGACUCGCAGUAGAGAGAUACACACUUAGACACACACACAUGCCAAUUAAACAAAAGAUAAAUUCAUGGUUGAACGCAAUGGAUUUUAACUGUAUGGAGCAUAAAAUCAGCAGUGACAUGAUUAUUAAUAACGACAUGUGAGUCAUGAAUACAUUUGAAUGCCAGGAAUUUGCCGCAAGUGAAAUUGACAAAUGACAAAAAGGAAACAAGCCCUCGCCUUAUGUUACUCUCUUUUCUUGUUUGGGUUUGUUUUUAUCCUUUGAGUUGUGGGUGAAAAUCUUCAGCAAAGAAUCACAGAUCAGGAUCAGGUUGCUCUACAAUCUGCUAUAAAUGAGUUUAAAAAAAAAAAAGUUUUCUCCUGGUUUUGUUCGUAUUACAAGUUUCACACAGAACACCAAGAUGCAUUUUUUGUUACCAUUACUCGAGUAGCUACUGUACACAAAUCCUGUAACAGAUUUCUGGGAUCCAGUUGUUUUAAAUAUUAAGGAGUAUUUGAUUUACAGUAUGUACAAUUUUUCUUCCAGCUUAUUUUGUGCAGUGAUUGGUGGGAGGUUUUUCUACUCAUUACAGGGCUGAACCAAAGAGGUGACCUGAAAGCACCUCCAUUUCCUUAUAUUUUUUUCAGUCGUUAAAAAAAAGGAAUGGAGAGAAAAUGGUGGAUAAGUCAGUGUCUUUCUUGAAACAUUGGUGCAGUCAACUCUUUCCUAUUUUCUCACUUUUAAAAUACAAUAGUAAACAUAGUCUUUCCAAUAUCGUGUGAUGUUUUGUUUUCCUCUCUGGGAGACUCUGACAGCAGAUUGCCGAGUAGUAAUGUAACUAACUGCUUCAUCCCGAUGGGACAAAGAGUUCAUCUUUUCAGUGUUUGAAUAUCUCUACAGACUAUCUCUCUAAACUCUUUUCAGGAAUGGGUGACAUUUAAAGUGAAGAUGCCAACAUUUGUCAUACUUUACAUUUUAUUUUUCUCCUCCGGUAUCAAUAUGAAAUGGGGUGCUCAAGAGUUUCAACAUACUGAUCCCAUUCUUUAUGUGCUCGGAGUAUUCAAAUCCAUAGUAACAAAUAGUAAUGACAUCGGCAAUGAUAAUAAGAAUUAUUAAUGGUAGUGUAAAUAUUUUGUAUUGAAAGUGCCAGCUCCUGUGAAGACACUGACUCAACACAUGUGGAACUGUCAACUGUAUGCAUGGCUAGUAAACAAAAAAAGGACUUAUUGUUUGAGUUUAAUAUAGGCUGUGGAAAUGUGCAAACCAAACACAUACACGUCUGGACAUGGACACUGUCUCAACUGUACAUCUGUGUUGCCACGGGAACCAGACUUUCCCCGUGUAACCAUUUUCAUUGUUGAUUUUAUAUUUUUUUAUGUGACCAUUUACUCUUUAUUCCCUCUCUGAGUGGUGACACUGUUACAUUUGACACCUAAACAAUAAAAGUGUGUUCAACACUCGA